AGACAAAGGAAGAUCGUGUGCCAACAUCUUGUAGAAUCAUCCAAUUCUGUUAAACAUGAUUUUUUUAUGUAUUUUAUGUUUUAUAACAAUUAUCUAUAUGUUUAGUGAUAUAAAUUACGGUAUACGAACAUUGUUCACCGUGUUAAGUGGGCGUUUAUGUGAGAAAAGCUGUUCUUUGGCAGAUGUUACAGUGAUUUAUGGAAUGUGUACGUUUAAGGAAUGCAAAUUAACAUUCAAUUCAAUGCGUGUGGAUCGUUUGAUUCGCGACAUUGACUUUGGGAAAUAUCAUUUUUAUGAUAGAACUGGUAUUUAUAAGAGGAGUCGGCUUUUAGGUAUUCACUCUUUGCAGGGUUCUACUUUGAUUUUACGUGAAGAAGACAUGCCGAUAUUUGUUCCAUAUAAGAUUAAUACAAAAUUGGUAUUUUGGGAUGAGAGGUCAUUUUUCUUCGAACACGAAGUGAUAACAGUACAUGAUGGAAAAGUAAGAUAUUUAUUCGUUUCUCGGCAAUAUGCGAUGGGCAAAAACACAAACAAUAUUAAAGAUCUCAUAAAAGGUCUCCCAGGAUCCGAAUGUGAACCAGAUUGUCCAAAUUACAUUUCCAAAUGGCUGCAAAGUAUGGAAAUGUCCAGUAAAAAAAUUAACAGGAUAUAAUUAUUUUGUUUAAUUUAUUAAAUUAAUAAUUUAAUUAUAAUGUAGGUAUACUGUAUAAAGAA